AUGAACAUUUAUAAAACUUUAGGCAAAGUUAAUUGUUUUUAAUUUUCUACAUCAGCAACAUCUAUUUUAAAUAAGUUUGGACAAAAUUACUAUAUAAAAAAUUAUGGAAAUACAUAUAAUCAAAAAAGUAUUUUACAUGAAAGCCUAAGUAAUUUUGAUGAAUAAUAAUAUUUUAGAAAUUGGGAAAAAAACUUGUAAUUUAGUAGGACUUCCUCGUUAAGGAGAUUAAAAUGAAUUAACUCAGAAUAUAUCAAAUAUUAUAUUGAAGGAUAAGGAUAAAACAAACUUUUUAAUAUAAAUGGAUCCAUCUCCAUAUUUAUUUGCCAAAAGAUAACUUUAUAAAUAAUAUCAUUCAAAAGUUGAUCCUAUAUUAAAUGAUGUAAGAAUCGAGAUUAUGAAAGAAUUUAUUUGAACAAUUACCAACUUUACCUAUUGAUACAAAUGAAUUGAAAAUAGAUUUACCAAUAUUUGAUUCAAUUCAUUUAAUAAAGACCCAUCCUAUGUUGAGUCCAGAAUAAAAAUAAGAUAUAUUGGGAUUUUUGAAUGGUGAAAAAUAAGGGUAUUUUUAAUAAGCGUUCCAAACUAUCCAAGAAUAAAAAGACAAAUAAUAAGAACUUACUCCUUAAUUAGUAUAAGAGAGUGAUGAUAUGUCUAAAAGGCUUGCAUAAUUACUAGAAAUAACAUUAUUAUAUGGAAAUUAACAAAGUAAUGUGGAUUUUUCUCAAUUUGGCUUAUUUUAAGCAUUGUAUAUGUCUGUUUUAAAAGGCUCUAAGGUUUAUAUGAUUGGAUUGUCAUAAAUUUACUAAAGAAUAUAUAUUGGAAUAAUUAUGUAAUUACCAGAUGUACAAGAAAUGUUUAGGGAAUUUUGUGAAGAAUCAUUAUUAAAUAAAUACAAUAAUUUGAACUAUUUUUUUGAAUUUACAACCAUGUUAUGGAUUGAAAAAGCUAUUGAAUUUUAUAUGCUUUAUAGUAUAAAUAGAUAUUUGAAAUAUUAAGAAGAGGAUGAAGUUACUGUUUUUAUAGAUUCAUUACAUUUUGAUCCUUUGAAAAGUGCAAUUUAAUAAUAAAAGAAUAAAUUUGUAAGUGAAUGCGAUAAUAGUUAUUUUUAUGAAUUUUAAUAUCCAAGUCCAGAGAAAUAAGAGACUGAUGAGUAAAUGUUGGAAAAACAUGCAAUUUUUGAUUGUUUAUUAGAACAUUAAAUAUGGAAAGAACCUUGCAUUAGUAAUCCUUUUCCAUAUUUAUCAAUUAAUUAUAAUUAGAUGAACACUUUAGAAUAAAAAGAAAUUUAAUCUAUAUUCUAUAAAUAUCAUUCAAAAUAUUCAAUGAUUGUAAACUAGUUGAAAUAGUAAAAUAAAAUAUGA